UCCAAAGCGAACCAAGUCUUACAAUGAUAUGCAAAAUGCUGGCAUAGUGCAUACAGAGAAUGAGGAAGAGGAUGAUGUACCUGAAAUGAGCAGUAGCUUCACAGCAGAGUCUGGUGACCAGGACGAGCACAACGCGCGCAUCGGGAGAGAGGCAGCGCCCGCGUCCGCGAUUGAGAGGCACACCCACGUCCCCACCACGGACCCAUCUCAGAGCCUCCCCCAGUACCUACCUCCUGCUGCCGAGGACAACCUAGGUCCUCUGCCAGAAAACUGGGAGAUGGCCUACACGGAGAACGGAGAAGUCUAUUUUAUAGACCAUAACACAAAAACAACAUCUUGGCUAGAUCCACGGUGCCUGAACAAACAGCAGAAGCCUCUAGAAGAAUGUGAAGAUGAUGAAGGGGUGCACACGGAGGAACUGGACAGUGAACUAGAGUUGCCUGCUGGUUGGGAGAAAAUAGAAGAUCCUGUAUAUGGUGUCUACUAUGUAGACCACAUCAACCGGAAGACACAGUACGAAAACCCAGUCCUGGAAGCCAAGAGGAAGAAGCAGCUUGAACAACAGCAACAGCCUCCAGAAGAAUGGACAGAGGAGUGUCCAUCUCUCCCUCCACCUGCUGCUCCAAACCAUGUUUCAAACAACCAAGAGGCAGCUCGGGAAGCACCUGUACAAGGAAAACCUUUUUUUACACGAAACCCUUCUGAGUUGAAAGGGAAGUUCAUCCACACCAAGCUAAGGAAAAGCAGCAGGGGGUUUGGCUUCACCGUCGUUGGAGGAGAUGAGCCAGAUGAAUUCCUCCAAAUCAAAAGUUUGGUGCUUGAUGGUCCUGCAGCGCUGGAUGGCAAAAUGGAAACAGGGGACGUCAUAGUCAGCGUGAACGACACCUGUGUGCUGGGGCACACUCACGCCCAGGUGGUGAAAAUCUUCCAGUCCAUCCCCAUCGGAGCCAGCGUGGACCUGGAGCUGUGCCGGGGCUACCCCCUGCCCUUCGACCCCGACGACCCCAACACCAGCCUGGUCACAUCCGUGGCAAUUUUGGACAAAGAGCCCAUCAUCGUGAACGGGCAGGAGAACUACGACUCCCCGGCGAGCCACAGCAGCAAAACAGGGAAAGUGAAUGGCACAAAGGAGGCCAGGCCCAGCAGCCCGGCCGAGGUCUCCUCCAAUGGACCCCACGGCUACCCCAACGACACGGUGUCCUUGGCAUCCUCCAUAGCCACGCAGCCUGAACUCAUAACUGUGCACAUAGUGAAAGGGCCCAUGGGCUUUGGGUUUACUAUAGCGGACAGCCCCGGUGGGGGAGGCCAAAGAGUGAAACAGAUUGUGGACAGCCCGCGGUGCCGCGGCCUGAAGGAGGGAGACCUCAUAGUGGAAGUCAACAAGAAGAAUGUGCAGAGCCUCACUCACAACCAGGUGGUGGAUAUGCUGAUUGAAUGUCCUAAGGGAAGCGAAGUCACGUUGCUGGUGCAGCGAGGAGGACUGCCAGUCCCAAAGAAGAGCCCAAAGUCGCAACCACUUGAAAGGAAAGACAGCCAAAACAGUUCCCAGCAGAGCGUCUCGAGCCACCGCAGCGGGCACACGGCGUCCCCCGCGCACAGCACCCAGGUGCUGCCCGACUUCGCCGCCCCCGAGGCGCCGGCCGCCGACCAGCCCGACACUGCUGCCCAGAAAAAGCCAGAUCCAUUCAAAAUCUGGGCCCAGUCCAGGAGCAUGUAUGAAAGCCGACCUAUGUCACCUUCACCUGCAACUGGACUGAGCAAGGGUGAGAGAGAGAGAGAAAUCAAUUCCACGAGUUUUGGAGAAUUUCCAGAUUAUCAAGAGCAGGAUAUCUUUCUAUGGAGAAAGGAAACUGGGUUUGGAUUUAGGAUUCUAGGUGGAAAUGAGCCUGGAGAACCUAUUUACAUCGGUCACAUUGUACCGCUGGGUGCUGCUGACGCCGACGGCCGCCUGCGAUCGGGCGAUGAGCUGAUCUGCGUGGAUGGGACGCCUGUGGUGGGCAAAUCUCACCAGCUCGUGGUCCAGCUCAUGCAGCAGGCAGCCAAACAAGGCCACGUCAACCUGACCGUCAGGCGCAAAGUGGUUUACACAGUUCCCAAGGCAGAGAAUGAAGUCCCAUCCCCGGCCUCCUCCCACCACAGCAGCAACCAGCCGGCCUCGCUGACGGAGGAGAAGCGGACGCCGCAGGGCAGCCAGAACUCGCUCAACACGGUCAGCUCGGGCAGCGGCAGCACCAGCGGCAUCGGCAGCGGCGGCGGCGGCGGCAGCGGCGUGGUCAGCGCCGUGGUGCAGCCCUACGACGUGGAGAUCCGCCGUGGCGAGAACGAGGGCUUCGGCUUCGUCAUCGUCUCCUCCGUCAGCAGGCCCGAGGCAGGGACGACGUUCGCGGGAAAUGCAUGUGUGGCCAUGCCUCACAAAAUAGGUCGGAUAAUUGAAGGGAGCCCCGCCGACCGCUGCGGGAAGCUGAAAGUCGGCGACCGGAUCUUGGCCGUCAAUGGGUGCUCCAUCACCAACAAGUCGCACUCAGACAUCGUCAACCUCAUUAAGGAAGCGGGAAACACCGUCACCCUGCGCAUCAUUCCAGGAGAUGAAUCCUCCAAUGCUACUUUAUUGACCAAUGCAGAAAAAAUUGCUACAAUCACAACCACACAUACUCCUCAGCAAAUACCACAGGAGACCAGCAGGAACAACACCAAACCAAAGCAGGAAUCCCAGUUUGAUUUCAAACCACCCCAAGCAGCACAGCAGGACCAAGACUUUUACACUGUUGAGCUGGAAAGAGGAGCCAAAGGGUUUGGCUUCAGCCUGCGAGGUGGCCGGGAGUACAACAUGGACCUGUACGUGCUGCGGCUCGCUGAGGACGGGCCUGCUGAGAGAUGUGGGAAAAUGAGGAUUGGUGAUGAAAUCUUAGAGAUCAAUGGAGAAACUACCAAGAACAUGAAGCACGCUCGGGCCAUCGAACUGAUUAAAAAUGGUGGCCGCAAGGUCCGCCUGUUUCUGAAACGUGGAGAUGGCUCUGUCCCAGAAUAUGCGAUGAUACCUCCUAAUAUCGCUGCAUGUAUGAGAAAUGACAAGCUCGGGGAGUCUUGCUUCUACCUUAUGGGCCAUAAUCAAACUACGACCCCAGCAGUGACAGGAACAGUCCCGCCACAGGUUCACAAAAUGUAUCGGAAAUGAAACCCGCGCCAUCCGACCGACGGCAGCACCCAUCAUCGGAGUCCAGUUAUCCACCAGACCUUCACAAAUCAUCACAACAUGGGGACAAGCGGACUUACG